GUCUCCAGCUCAGCACACGUGCAGCAUGAUCCUGCAGUAACAGGAUUGAUCAUUUACUGAGUAUUGAGAAAGCAGCCGAGAACCUUGGAGCCACUAUUAAUGACCAAGAACGGCUUUUGCUGACACUUCAUGCAAAAUGGAGAAGCAGUUAACAGGCACACUCGCUCUGGCAGUGUUCACAGCUGCGCUUGGCUCUCUGCAGAUGGGAUACAGCCUGGGCGUCAUCAACGCCCCACAGAAAGUCAUUGAAAGGCACUAUGCAAGAUCGCUGGGUGUCUAUAAUGAAGAACUAGCUCGUAGGGAAGGAGGAAACACAACAGAACAUGAAGAACCGACUGAUGCGUCUGUGGUCAUGUACUGGUCCUUGUCUGUGGCCAUCUUCUCCAUCGGAGGCAUGGUGUCCUCCUUUCUAGUGAGCUUUGUUAGCGACAUCCGUGGAAGGAUCAAAGGUAUGCUGUUUAUAAAUGUCCUGGCCAUAACAGCUGGGCUGCUAAUGGGCCUGGCUAAGAUGGGCACACCUUACCUCAUGGUGAUAGCAGGACGUGCUAUCAUGGGACUGUACUGUGGUCUGUCAUCUGGCCUGGUGCCUCUGUACAUUGGAGAGAUUUCUCCAGUGAAGUACAGAGGUGCUAUGGGAGCACUUCACCAGCUGGCUAUUGUAAUUGGCAUCCUUAUAAGUCAAGUCAUUGGUCUGGAUUUCUUGCUGGGAAAUGAUGACAUGUGGCACGUGUUGCUGGGUCUUUCUGGAGCUCCUGCUAUCCUGCAGAGUCUGCUGCUGCUUGUGUGUCCAGAGAGUCCUCGAUAUCUCUACAUCAAACUAGGCAAAGUGGAAGAAGCAUGCAAGAGUCUGAAAAGGCUGAAGGGAGAUUACGACACCUCAAAGGACAUAGCAGAGAUGCAGGCAGAGAAAGAGGAGGCCAUGAAUGAGGCGCAAAUGUCCAUCCUGCGGCUGCUCCGUUCCUCGGUGUACCGCCAGCAGCUCUUUGUGGCCCUGAUGAUGCAUUUAUCCCAGCAGUUCUCUGGGAUCAACGCUAUCUUUUAUUACUCUACUUCGAUCUUCCAGACUGCGGGGGUUGGUCAGCCUGUGUAUGCCACUAUUGGAGUGGGAGUUAUAAACAUCAUUUUCACCCUUGUGUCGGUGGUCUUCGUGGACAGAGCGGGCAGACGGACUCUAAUUGUGGUUGGGUUGGGAGGAAUGUGCUGCUGUGCUGUGGCCAUGACAGUGGGCCUGGCUUUUCAGGUAUCAUCUGCAUUUUUUUUUUAUAUAAUAGACAACCACAAUUUAACAGAAAUGAAGAAAACUCGAGUAGAACUGAAUUGCUCUAUCGUGUUUGUUUUAUGUCUCACUCUUAAUUCUGCUUCUCAGGACGUUUACUCGUGGAUGAGCUACCUCAGCAUGGCAGCCAUAUUUCUGUUCGUGUCGUUCUUUGAGAUCGGUCCUGGACCAAUCCCAUGGUUCAUUGUGGCGGAGAUCUUCAGUCAGGGGCCGCGUCCAGCAGCCAUCGCAUUAGCUGGGUUUUGCAACUGGACAUGUAAUUUCAUUGUUGGCAUGUUUUUCCCUUAUUUAGAGGGUCUUUGUGGGAGCUAUGUCUUCGUCAUUUUUGCAGUACUCCUAUUCGGCUUCACUGUUUUUACCUACUUGCGUGUACCUGAAACAAAAGGGAAGACUUUUGAGGAGAUAGCCGCUGUCUUCCACCGCAAACGUGGCGCCACCCCUUCCAAACCUCAAGAAGAGGCUGAGAUGGUGCAGCUCAAGAGCUCUACAGAGGCCUGAAAGGGACCGUUAUCUUAUUAAAACUGUGGAAUGAACGAUGUUACUGCUGUCACAUAACUCACCUGUUAGGUCAGAACUGAUCUGCUGUAUAUUCCACAGAGCCUCGCACCGAGAGCUCUAUGACUUGCUCAUCAUUUGACAGGAAAUAAUUGGUCUAGAAGCAGGUAAAGAGAUUAACUAAACACAACAGCAUAAUUGUGAAAUAUGGUGCACAAUAUAGACAUGCACUGGCCUUGGUGCAACUGAUGUUGAGACUUAAAUGAUUGUAUAUUAUUUUUAUAUUCCCAAAGUUAUAUAUCUGUUAAAUAUAUUUCAAAGGCAUUAUAAAAUAAUAUUUUUCAGUGUAUUUUAUUAAUUUGACUUGUCCUUUUAGUGUAAUAUAGAGAUUGGGUUGUGUCAUCCAGCUCAAACAGUCACCUGAAAGAAGAUUAUAAACUUGGAUGCAUAUAUGUGAUAAAUAUUUAAAAAUGAACCUAUGAAAGAACAUCACAUACAGUUGGUUAGUGCAUAGAGAAUAUUCUUACAUUUUGUUCGAGUUACAGUGGUGGUAUUACAUUUGUGUACUUUUGCCAUUAUAAAAUUCUUAAUGUUUUAAAGUAAAUCAUUCCAAUAACAUAUACAUAUACAUAUAAUAAACAUGCCAUAGAAAUGAUUUGCUUUACUGGAUAUAAGACUGUUAGGAAAUAACAGUUACUUUAUUUACAUUUGCACCUAUAGUAUAGGAAUAGCAGCCGAGUCCAUGAAUUGUUGAUACAGUACAUAGGAAGGCCUUUAAAACACAAUGGUGCUGAAACCCUUUUUGCUGUCUGUUGCUUUUGUCAUUCUUCCAUUAAAAUUAUACUCCAUGGCAGUUUGAUGAGUGUCAAAGUACCUGGAAAGCCAUUGCAAAGAUG